AAUCACUGGCAACUGCAACUCGAACUGGGCUUUCCAGAAUCCUUUUGGCCCACUCUACUUCAUUUGAUUUGUUUUAAUUUGCUUUUCUGCAGGAUUCAAGUUGAAGUUAAGCUUCAAUGUUAAGCAGGUCAAGCAGUUAAGAAGUUCAGCAGUCAAGUUUCAUUCAUUGCUGCUCAUCUUUAUUUUUUGGAGCAUGCCUCACACUGCUGAUCCAAAGACGCUAGAAGAGCUAUGCUGCAAAAACAUCUCUCAAAAUAUGGACAAUUUAUGGUGUAAACACUAUGAUGAGCAUUUUCAUGGAAAGUCAGAGUGCUUAUAUCUACUCGGACCUUUUUCCAACCUCCCUGGUGUACUGCUGAGUCAACUGAUCAAAUACCUGAAGAACAAUGGUGUAAGGAUUGGCCACCUUCAGCUUCUGCUUGACUACAGUCUGCAGGACCUGGAUCUCUCCAGGCUGAGCAAGAACAUGGGCACAGUCCUCAACACCAUUACCAAUAGAUGUGUGAAUCUCCGGCAUCUGGACCUGUCCGGCAACGCCAAGCUGCCGCUGCAGGGCCAGCUGGCGCUCUUCUCCACCCUGCGGGGGCUGGAGAGUAUCAACCUGAGCAGCACCAACACGUCCGACCGGGUCAUGUCCGUCAUCGGCGCCUACUGCACGCAGCUCCAGGAGCUGGAUGUACAACGCUCAGGGGUGACGGACCUGGGUCUGAACAGCCUGGCGGCAUCGGUACCCUCCCACGGUACCACCACCGCCGGACAGUCCAUUACCAAACUCAGUGUGGAGGGCUGCAACCUCUCGCCCGAGUCGGCCUUCGGCGUCAUCAAAAACAUGCCCAACCUCGUACAUUUCGACCACCCGGACUCUCUGUGGGGCGUGACCCAGCUGAUGCUGCAGCAGCCGGAGCGGGCUCCUCUGGCCCUCACCAGUCUGGAGGGCUCCUCGGCCGCCGGACUGGAGGUGGCCGCCGCCGCCUGUCCCGACUGCACCCUGCUCCGGCUCGACAUGGAUCCCGAGUCGUCUCUGGAAGCGGCGCAACAGCUGAGCAAGCUCACAGAACUGGUGUUGAUGUCACCGUGUGAACCGUGCCCGGGACUGGCGGAGCUGCUGGCCGCGCGCGGUGCCGGGCUGACCAACCUAGCUCUGAACGGGGUCACGGGAGUCCCGCUGGCGGCUGCUCUGCGCCACUGCCGCUCGCUGCAGUCGCUGAUUCUAAUUAUGUGUCGGUUUAGGUCGGAGCCGGCGCCAGGCGGACCUCUCUCCAACCUGGAGCACCUUUGGCUAGCGGAGGAAAGUGACGGCUCUCCUCCGAUGGACCUGCUCCGGCGCGCGCUGGCCUCUCCCGCGCUAACCACCCUCACCCUACAGAACUGUGACACCAUCACAGACACACUGCUGGAGGAGGCACUGGACGCUGGCGGGCUGGCGCAGCUGGAGACGCUCUCACUGGAGCACUGCGGACAGGUGACUGUGGAGCCUCUGCUGCGACUGGUGCUGCAGUGUCCGCGUCUGGAGACACUCCGGAUGGUGAUGUGCCCGCAGCUGUCCCGGAGGGACGCGGGUGAGGUGCGCAGACUGGCAGAGGGUAACGGGUGGCGAUUACAGGUGGAAUGGCAGUGACCGCCGCCCGCGGAGACUGCGGAAUUCGACAGGCUGUGGCUCGUAUGAUGCGCACUCUUUGUGUUGGGGGGGGGGGGGGGGGGGGGGGUGAUGCGUUUCUGUGUGAUAUUUGAAAUUUAGGAGCCAGUAUGCCGACAGGCCUUAUACGAGAUCGUUGCAAAAUAUUUUUAGCUCCGAAUGAUAAGGCGUCUGUGGUUUUUACUAGGACGAAUUAUAGCUUUAUCCAGACGUUGAUCGUUGUACUUUCUGUCAAUAAUGAGCUGUUUAGAGCAAUAUUGCGAGAUGUUUUAUCCGAAUUGCAAUUAUAACCCAUGCAUAUGGUUUGUUUAAUUUGUUUGCAAGACAUUGUUGUACUCAGUCAUAAACUACCCACUCUGAUUCCUAAUUUUGACGUGUGAUAUGCCGUUUUGUUAUCGAUGCUAACUACCUACGUUCAAUUUUGCGGCAUGUGUCCCGUAGUUUUGUCAUGAUUUGAUCAGAACCGUGUGAUAAUAGACGACCGACGUAUGUCGUAUAA